AUGGCGGCCAACAGAUUCGCGACCAUGAUCCACCGGAAAACGAACCGAAUCACUCUCCUUCUCGUCUACGCUUUCCUCGAGUGGUCUCUCAUCUUCUUCAUCCUCCUCCACUCUCUCUUCUCUUACUUCAUCCUCAGAUUCGCCGAUUACUUCGGUCUCAAGCGUCCUUGCCUCUUCUGCUCCCGACUCGACCGUUUCUUCGACGCCUCCGGUAAAUCUCCUUCCCACAGAGAUCUCCUAUGCGACGAUCACGCCCUCGAGAUUUCUAUAAAACCUUUGAAAAAAUCUAAAGGUUUCGGUGAAUCUCGCUACGAGAAGACGCUUGCUUCGUCGUGUUUUCCUCCGAUCGAGACUGAUUUCGGGAUUUUAGGUUAUAGCAGGAAUCUGAUCGGAGACGACGAUGUUCAAAUUCACAAUGGUAAGUUUUUCACCGGACGAUCUCGACCGAUCUUCGUCUGUGAGGAAGAAGAAAACGUGCAUUUGAACGAUUCUCAGGAGGAGGAAACAGAGGAGAAGCUUGAAAAUCCUCACCGGAACACGGUUAUCGGAAUUGUUCCUCAAUCUCCGGGGAAAUCAUCAUCAUCAGAAGAAGUUAGCAGCGAUUCCGAUUCUGAUGAUGAGAUAGAUCAGGAAUUCUCGUGCUAUGUAUCGAGUUUCGACUGUAACAGAGAAGUUACAAUUGAAAAGGAAGUGGAUCUGGCGAUGGAGGCAGAAUCUGCGCCGUCGCCACCGCCGCCGAAGAAUCUGGAGUUCUACAUUGACGACGAGGACUGCCAUUUGAUUCCGGUCGAGUUCUACAAACCGAGCGAGGAAGUUCGGGAGAUUUCCGAUAUUAACGGAGAUUUCAUCCUCGAUUUCGUCGGCGCCGCACCUGAUUUCGCGGCGGAGGACGCGGGAUUAUUAUUAUCCCCCGACGAAAUCUCCGCGUUUGCCUCGCCGGACGAAUCCAACCCGGAGACGAAUCUAGGAGCUUUGAUCGAAAACUCUACAGAGGAUUCACUGCAAAUGCAGAACGACUACGAAGAAACAGACGCCGAAGUUUCAAUUGGCACUGAGAUUCCCGAUCACGACCAAAUUGGAGAUAUUCAAUCACACGAACACAUUCCCGGCGACGAAGACGACGACGAUGACGACCAUGAUCAUGAGGAUGAUGAAGAUGAUACGUUGGAGUUCAAAACAAAUACGCUUGAAGCAAAGAGACCAUUCUUGAACAUCAACGAAGAGCGUCUUCUCGAAACUCAAAACUCUAACGAAAGCUCACACAGUCGUCUACACAACGCCAUGUUUCACUUAGACCGGAGAGGCUCUCCGGGAACAGAGGAAUUUCCUGAAGGAGGAGGAGGAGGACUCACGGUGGAGAAGCUGAAAUCGGAGCUAGAAGAAGAGCGAAAAGCUUUAAACGCGUUGUACGAAGAGCUGGAGGUGGAGAGGAGCGCGUCCGCGGUUGCGGCGAACGAGACAAUGGCGAUGAUAAACAGGUUGCAUGAGGAGAAGGCGGCGAUGCAGAUGGAGGCGUUGCAGUACCAGAGAAUGAUGGAGGAGCAGUCCGAGUUCGAUCAAGAAGCGUUGCAGCUGUUGAACGAGCUUAUGGUGAAUAGAGAGAAGGAGAACGCUGAGCUGGAGAAGGAGCUUGAGGUGUAUAGGAAGAGGUUGGAGGAGUAUGAAGGUAGAGAGAAGAUGGGGUUGUUGAGGAGGAGGAUGAGAGAUAACGGCGAUGGAAAUGGUGAGAUGGAGAAGAAGACGCCGGUUGAUGUUGUGGUACGUCUUGAUGAGUGUUUGGAUGAGUAUGAAGGAGAGAGGCUUUCGAUUCUUGGGAGGUUGAAGUUUCUUGAAGAGAAACUCACAGCUUUAAACGAUGAAGAGGAUGAGGAAGAGGAAACGUUUGGUAAUGGAAACGGGCAUUUGCAUGGGAAGGAGACAAACGGGAAGCAUCAUAGAGUGAUGAUCAAGUCGAAGAGACUGCUUCCGUUGUUUGACGCGGUGGAUGGAGAGAUGGGAAACGGAAACAGCCAUGAAGGAAACGGAUUUGAUGAGUCGGAGAGAGGUGGUGAGAGUGUGACGGUGGAAGAAGAAGUGGAUGAGCUUUACGAGAGACUUGAAGCGUUAGAGGCUGAUAGAGAGUUCUUGAGGCAUUGUGUUGGUUCGUUGAGAAAGGGGGAUAAAGGUGUGCAUCUUCUGAAUGAGAUUUUGCAACAUCUGCGUGAUCUUAAGAAUAUUGAUGUUAUUCGUGUCAGAGAAAACGGAGACAUGAGUUUUUGA